AUGCAAGGCCAAGCCAACCACUUCAACCGCUUCGCCAAAGAACGCAUCCCCUACGGCAUGCAGCGCUACACGGGCGAAACCGAGCGCCUCGUCGGCAUCCUCGACCACCAACUCAAAGACCACGACUACCUCGUCGGCGACAAGUACAGCAUCGCCGACAUUGCGAGCUUCGGCUGGGUCCACAUGCUCGCCUUUACCGGCGUGGACAUGGAGCAGUUCCCCCACGUGAAGAAGUGGUGGGCGCGCCUGUUGGAGCGGCCCGCGGUCAAGAAGGGGCUGGAUCUUACGGGCAAGAGCCAGUUUGGCAAUGACGUGUACUGGCAGAGACUCAAGGAGGACAAGGAGUUUGCGGAGAGUGAGAGGAAGCUCAUGGAGCAGAUUAAGGCGGCCAAGGAGCAGUAUGGGUACAAGUACUCUUCGCCGUAG